AGGUGGUGGUUUGGAGCUAAAUGUUACUUUGUUGCUGACUCACGGGAAGAGGUUUAGGAUGUUGGCUGUGGUUUCUAAAGAGCACCCAGCCGUUUUCACCUUGUGUAUGAAGUUUCCACGUGUUUUUUUAAAUUAUGAUUUUAUGCUUAUUAUUUUCUCUCUCCUUAGUUUUCCUCACAGGAGAAAAAGCCAAUUCAGUAUUGAAACGCUACCCAAGAGCUAAUGGACUUUUUGAAGAAAUAAGACAGGGCAACAUUGAGCGUGAAUGCAAAGAAGAAAUCUGCACAUUUGAAGAAGCAAGAGAAGCUUUUGAAAAUAAUGAGAAAACUGCAAGUACACUGGCAAUUUUUAAGAGCCGUUCACAAGCUUUGCCUACCUUUUGGAUGGAUGUCUGCAGUCUGCAUUCCCAAAUGGCGUGA